AUUUAAACAUCACAACAACAUUCAACUAGCAGGCGAGUAGUUGGGAGUUCUCGCCAUCAGUUUUUGUAUCGCAAACUUUAAUGUGAGACUAUAUUACGGUGAUUUUUGUAGAAUGGAUUAGAUUUUGGGCUGUUCACUUUCAAAGAAAGCUAAGAGUUUCAGCGGGAUCGAAAGAGUGCAGGUGUGAGCAGUACAUUGAUUCCCCAAGUAGGCUUCACAUGCAGGGGCAGUGGCGAUGACCUGGAUUUGGUUGUCCUUGGUAUUUACGACGCUUUGGGCUUCAGGGACAGCUGUGCCCGUCAACGUAGCCCUAAACAAGCCAGUUUCAGCCAACAUCACAUGUGGGGCCACUGGUAUUGAGACCUACUACGGCCACAAUCAGAUACUUGUCCAGCCUCGUCUGCGAGUGUCAGGCGAAUGUGAAGAUGUAAACACUCACCCAGCUACAGCCAUGGUGGAUGGCGAUCCCAAUACCUGGUGGCAGAGCACCUCAAGGUCCAGGCUUGUGGCCGCACAGCUAGGACUGACCACAGCUGACCCAGAGGCUAUUAUUAUUUUGGAUUUGGAUCAGGAAUUCUCAGUGGAACAGAUCAUACUGAGUAUGGGAGACUCAAAAAGACCAGAUCGCCUAGCCAUUGAGAAAUCAUUUGAUGGAGUAACCUACCGGCCCUGGGUGUAUGUGGUGACCAGUACUUCCGAAUGCCAGGAUAUGUUUGGUGUGUCGGAGAGAAAGCAACCAAGUGACAAUGUCAUACCCAUAUGUAUAAGAUAUGAAAGUAUCAGGGCUACAACAAAUGAAACGAUGACAUUUGAUUUUCAAGCGUUUCCACUUGCUGUCAAGGACUGGAAGCUUGCCCGCUAUCUCAAGUUGCAGUUUUAUGAAAUGGAGUUAACAUUGGGGGCAACAGGAGAUAACUGGCAACACUACACAGUGCGUGACAUUGAGGUGAUGGCAGAGUGUAUAUGUAAUGGCCAUCAGACUGACUGUGCACAGAACAACCUCACUGGCCAGUAUUCUUGUGUGUGUGGUGGCAACACAGAGGGUCUCUACUGUGAGAGAUGUCAGCCUUAUUAUAACCAGGCAGCCUUCACUUAUGGAAUACCUUGUGAAAGCUGCAAUUGUUUCAACCACAGUGAAGAGUGCUAUUACAAUCAGACAGUGGACGCCAACAACCUGAGUUUCAAUAGCAGUGGUAUCAGGGCAGGUGGUGGAGUUUGUAUUGACUGUCAACACAAUACUUCAGGUGUCAACUGUGAGAAAUGUGAAGACUAUUUUUUCCGUCCUCAUGGCCGUCCCCAGACCCACCCUAAUGCUUGUGUCUCCUGUGAUUGUCACAUGGCAGGGGUGACACUUAACCUGGAGACAGGACUUUUGGGUGACUGUGUCAUGAAUAAUGAUUCCAUAUUGCCAAUUGGAAAGGCUCCAGGAGACUGCUUCUGCAAAUCCAAUGUGAUUGGUUCCAAGUGUGAUCAGUGUGCUGAAGGCUACUUUAACUUGUCUCAAGAAAACCCACAGGGUUGUCAAGGUUGUCUGUGCCACAGCCCAGGGACCAUUGGUGGUUCAGGUAUAUGUGAACCUGAUAAUAAUGGACAAUGUCCCUGUAAGGAGUUUACUACAAAUCGUAUCUGUGACAUGUGCAUGGAUGGAUAUUAUGGACUAGAGAGCAACAACACACAAGGAUGCAGUCCGUGCAAUUGUGAUGUUGGAGGUUCCACCAGUCCAGUAUGUAAUAAAACCACUGGACAGUGUCCAUGCAGACCUAAUGUGGCUGGACUGCAGUGUGAUAGCCCAGCAGACAACUACUACUAUCCAUCUGUACACUUCAUUAGUGCUGAGUUUGAAAACCUUCAAAACAGUGCCUGGGACAGAAAGCAGACACCUGAUCCUUUCUUUGGAUUUGGAUAUGGAGUUCUUACCCGCACAGGGGAGUCCACCACCCAGUUAGACAUACCUGCAAUCGACCAGCUCUCUGGUCAGUUUCAUGUAGUCCUCAGGUACAUGGCCAAUGGCAGUAUGGAUGGCAACCUGACUGUGCUCUCUGGACAAGUCCCACAGUUAAGGCAGAUCAUCAGCCUCAGCUUCUGUCCCACAUGGUGUUAUAUUGCCAUUGGCAAUGAUGCUGGCAUUAAUUUGCAGCCUGGAUCCUAUACCAUCCAGAUUCAGGUUCCUUCUCAAACUGGGAUUGAAAUACUAUUGGACCAGGUUGUAGCUCUCCCAGUAGAGUUCAGGAAUGCUACAGAGGUGCUGGGUGGAGAAGCCAACACAUUUCAUUCCACUUGUGAUGUUGUGAGUAAUCUGGCAAGGGACCCUGCUAGGCAAAGUUACUGUGAUUCCCAAGAGUUCUCCCUGACCUCAUACUACCUGAAUGGUGCAGUGCCCUGUAACUGUAACAUCCUGGGCAGUAAUGAGACCAUGUGUCAGCCUAAAGGUGGUCAGUGUACAUGCAAACCAGGAGUGACUGGACAAAGGUGUGACCAGUGUAUGGUAGAGUUCUACAGCCUGACUUCAGCUGGAUGUGCAGCCUGUGAGUGUGCCAGCGAUGACAAGAUCUGUGACUUUGUUACUGGUCAGUGUAAAUGUCCACCCAAUACACAGGGCAGGCAGUGUGACCAAUGUGUGGCCAACCACUGGGGCUGGGAUGGCAAAGUAGGGUGCCAGGCUUGUGGUUGUAAUGCCACUGGCUCAGUGAACCUCCAGUGUAACCUGACCACAGGUGUGUGUGCCUGUCAGCCUGGAGUUCAUGGUGCUCAGUGUCUGGAGUGCCUGGAUGAGUAUGCCUUCUUCAGUCCCACUGGCUGUGUGGCAUGUAACUGUAAUACUGCUGGCAGCACAAGUACUGUUUGUGACAAGGGGAGUGGACAGUGCCCAUGCAAGAGUAACACAGUAGGCCAGUACUGUGGCAGUUGUAGGGCAGGAACAUACCAUCUGUCUAGUGGUUAUGAUACUGGCUGCCUGGACUGUAUAUGUAUGGGUAUCACUCAGAACUGUGCCAGCUCAGGACUGAGAUACACACGGCAAACUCUUGCAGUAAACCAGUUUAAUGAUGGUAUUAGCAAGCCAUCCUUUGAGGUGAUGAAUGCCACCGCAUCCAAACCUAUCAAUGCCACAAACACACUGCUGAAUGGCGUAGAAGUCGCCCAGGCAACCAUUAACAACCCACAAGAACCUCUGUAUUGGAGAAGCAUAUACACCUUCAUCAAUGACUUCACCAAGUAUUACGGAUCCAGUCUUAACAUGACAGUGCAUUAUAUCAAUGUCCUUGGGUUUGGAGCACCACUCAACACCAGCGUGGUGUUGGUCACGCCCACUCAGAAGAGACUGUACUAUNGCAACCCACAAGAACCUCUGUAUUGGAGAAGCAUAUACACCUUCAUCAAUGACUUCACCAAGUAUUACGGAUCCAGUCUUAACAUGACAGUGCAUUAUAUCAAUGUCCUUGGGUUUGGAGCACCACUCAACACCAGCGUGGUGUUGGUCACGCCCACUCAGAAGAGACUGUACUAUUCAGUGCCCCAAGUUCAGGUCAACACCACCACGACAAUAUCAGUGAAAUGGCUGGAGAGUUUUUGGAGGGUUGUGGACACUAAUGCUCCAGUGAGUAGAGGGGAGUUCCUCACGUGUCUGGCUGAUGUGAAGUGGCUGUUGCUUCCAGCUUCCUGGUCAACGGGGCCCCAUGUCACUAGUAUUGAAGCUGUGCAGUAUGAAGAAGCCUCCACCUCAGGCACUGGGUCCUUAGCACUGUCAGUAGAACAGUGUGUAUGUCCUCCUGGAUAUGACGGACUUUCUUGUGAGAGAUGUGCCACAGGGUACAAGCGUGAGAAUGUGACCACCCAUGGCUACCUGGGUGUGUGUAUUCCCUGUGAGUGUAAUGGCCAUGCUGAGUACUGUGACCCAGACACUGGAGAGUGCAAGGACUGCAGGGAUAACACCACAGGGACGAACUGUGAACUGUGUGCCAUUGGUUACUAUGGCGAUGCUACCCAGGGUACCCCCAAUGACUGUAGGCCCUGUCCCUGCUACAGCCCCAGGGUCAUGGACCCCAGCUGUACUGAGGUGAAUGGAUCAGUGCAGUGUCUUAGCUGUGCUUUAGGUUAUACUGGAGAUAUAUGUGAUAGCUGCUUACCAUUCUUCUAUGGCAACCCCGAGGUUCAGGGCACAGGCACCUGCACUGAGUGUGACUGUAAUGGGAACUCACUUGACUGUGACACCAGGACUGGGGUAUGCUCAGGGUGCAGCUCCAACACCACUGGCUUACACUGUGAGAGAUGUAUAGAGGGGAUGUUUGGAGAUGCCUCGCAGCAGAAUUGUAGAGGUUGUGACUGUGUGAUGACUGGCUCCACUAGCGCCAUCUGUAACCACACCACAGGUCAGUGUGACUGCAGACCAGGAGUGGGGACCAGAGACUGUGGGAGCUGCCUGGAAAACUACUGGGGAUACAAUAUCAGACCAUUCAACAGUUGCAUACCAUGUGACUGUAACGUGGCUGGCAGUACUACAUUACAGUGUGCUGGAGACACAGGUGUGUGUUCAUGUAAGUCUCAUACAGCUGGGGACAAGUGUGACCAGUGUGCUCCUGGACUAUGGGGACUGCCAUAUAGACCAUGUGAAGCUUGUGCCUGUAACACCACUGGUAGUGUGAAUGCGUCAGCCCCCUGUGACACUGUAUAUGGUCAAUGUGAGUGUAAGCCUGGGGUGACAGGCAGGCAGUGUGACCAGUGUGAGAAAUUUUUCAUUGGAUUUGGUCCUGCUGGAUGCACUAGAUGUCUUGAUUGCCAGUAUUCACUGGGUACAGAUACACUUGUCUUGCAAGACACCUGGCAAACUUACUGGAAUGUCAGCAGUACUGUAGGGGGCCUUGUGGCACAAGAUGCACAGCUCCAGCAGCUCACUCAGACACUGACGGGGACUUUGGACAGUAUUGGAUUCUCAGAAAGCACUCUCUUCUCCCUGGAGGCUACAUUGAGGAACAUUACAAAUAAGGAAGCUGGCUACAAUCAGAGUGUCAUUAGUCUGCAGUCAAGGGUUCAAAUGGCUGUUGAUGCUGCUAAUUCGUUAAGAAAUGAAGCAAGAGCAGAGCUGAACAGGCUGCAAGACAUCAAGAAUGAUGUCAGGAGUGCACUGCAGAGUGCUCUAGAAAUUGAAGCUGUAUCUGUUGGUACAAUAAGUCAACUGACCAACUACAGUGUGGAAGUAGGACAGCUCCUUGCCAAAAGCAGAGAAGUAAGCAGGUAUCUGAACCAGAACUUCUCAGCAGAAUUGUCCCGAACAGCAGCAGAAUUGGCUGCUGGUAUUGCAACAGCUACAGAUGCACAGGCCACCAGUGAGCUGAUUCAACAACAGAGUGCUGUGUGUGCUAACUUAGAAGGUGCAGCUCUAAAUGCCCAGUCUGCCCUGAGCCAAGUGGAGGCCAACAUACAGGCCAUAAGCACUGCAGCAAGUAAUGUAAUGGCUGCCAGGGAUAGAGUGAUGGACAUUCUCAACCAAACUGAGUAUCAAAAAAGCUAUGCAUUGACCCUGUUUAGUGAGGCAGAAGCCAUACUAAACUUGACAGCAGUUACUUUGAAUGCCAGCAGAGACUCCUUCCUUGAAGGCCAACAGGCAUUUGCUGAGGCAUCAGCGAUUGUUGCAGAUGGGAUUCCAAAGGACAACCAAAUUCCACUGGAUGCUGCAGGUCACCAGUACAUGAUAAUGUUUAUGGAGAACAGAGUAGAGAAUGGGCCCAAGUACAGAUACCUGGAGCUGUUCAUCACCCCAGCAGGCAUAGAAACAAACAACGUGACAGUCCAAAUAAACCAGGUGUACAAUAGUGCUAUACCAAACAUGACCUUUGUGGUCAGUGCAGGAGAGGUGAAGAAGGUGAACAUAUCUGUUGAGCUCAGGAUGCAAGGAUCUGUCAUGACCAGGCAGGGUCUGGAGAUUUUGGCCAGUGAUAGAAUAGUUGUCUAUGCCUUGAACAAGGAUGAGUUCUCCACUGAUGGGUUCCUGUCCCUCCCCAGAGAAUCUCUGGGGACAGACUACUACACAGUCUCAUAUUACCCUCCUAAUUAUAAAACACAGGUGGGUGUGGCAGCUAUGGAGGAUGAUACUGAAGUGAUCAUCACGUUGCCACAGCAGACCUUCACAAGCAGUCGCGUGUUUGUGCUGUACAGGGACAAUAUUUUCAGGAAUGGUAACUCAUUCACGGUGAGGAUGAACAAGUUUGAUACUCUCCAGUUACAAGACGAGGUGGCUGCUGAUUUGACAGGCACUCGCAUCCAAUCCAGCAAACUAGUGGCAGUGUUUAGUGGGAAUGUACGAACUAAUGUGGGACAAGGCACCCGUUCUAGGGACCACUUGGCAGAGCAGAUUCCACCAAUCAGCUCAUGGGGGAGGAACUUUGCAGUGGUGCCAAUUCCAAAUCGUACCACUGGAGAUGUGGUCAAGAUAGUUGCCAGCCAGCCAAAUACAGAACUGAUUGUUGCUAAUGCUACAGAAGAAAGGGUCUAUACACUCACUCAGGCAGGGAGUAGUAGAACGCUCCUGCUACCGUCAUCUACUUACUGUUUCAUUGCAGCAACAAAACCUAUCCUUGUAGCUCAAAUUGUUUACAGUCAGUUGACAGAGGAGAGCAUUGAAAAGGCAGACCCUUCAAUGAUCCUCAUCCCGUCCAUUGAGCACUACAGCUCCAACUACCAUUUUGCCCUGCCAAAGCCCUCAAUAGGCAACUACACCCACUACUUUCUGAUAGCCAUUGAGGACAGUGCCAAGAAUGGGGUCAUUCUUGAUGGUCAGCCAUUGCCCAGUGCUGCCCUGUGGCACCCUAUCCCCUUCACCACCUUAGUGGGUGGGUAUUUUGUGGUCAGUGGAGACCAGGCACACACCAUUACCCACACUGACCGCUCAGUGACCUUCAUGGGGGUUAUGUAUGGAGCAGGAGACAGGGAGAGCUAUGGACUGCCUAUUGGGAUGAGGGUACGAAACCAGUAUGAAGUUACAGCACUUCAAACAACAUUGGAAUCAUCAGGCACAAAGUUCGUGGUAAUGUACAUGGAAAAUAGGAUCGAAAUUCCUACUCAGCCUUUUGUGGAGCUGUUUGUAACCCCAGCAGAGAAUGUGUUCAGUGUACUGGUCAACAUCAACCAAGUGUAUGACCAAGCAUAUGGCAACCGGACAUUGGUCAUUCAGGGAGGACAAGUCAGGAAGGUGGACAUUCCAGUCAGUUUUAGAGUAGUGGGGAAUUCUUUUACUAGGCAGACCCUAGAGAUCACCAGCUCAGAAGCUGUGGUGGUGUAUGGAGUCAACAAGGAUGAGUAUUCCAGUGAUGCCUUCCUGGCUUAUCCUACCACUUCACUGGGGAAGGAGUAUUAUGUAGUGUCCUAUGCACCUCCCACUAUAAGCACAGAGUUGGGGAUAGCUGGGGUGUAUGGUAAUACCAGAGUGAGUGUCACUUUCAGUCCUAAUGUUCAGGUGUCAUAUGGUAGUGUCACAUACGGUGGUGGUGACACUCUAACAGUGACGUUGAACCAGUUCUCAUCUCUACAGCUACAGAGCCAGUUUGGGGAUUUGACUGGGACACGUAUAGUAUCAGACAAACCAGUGGCAGUUUUCAGUGGCAAUGUCCGCACCAGUGUCCAAGGCAACUCCAGAGAUCAUCUUGUCGAGCAGUUGACUGCUGUUCAGUAUUGGGGCACCGAGUUUGCUACUGUACCCGUACCACAGAGGACUGUAGGGGACAUCUUCAGGGUUGUGGCAAGUGCAGACAACACGAUUGUUAAUGUUCGAAAUUCCACCAGUGUUGUGACAUCUUCUAUCAACACUGCAGGGGGAUUUGUACAACUACCUCUGGAUUCAGCAACAUAUUACUACAUCACAUCUAACUUCCCCGUGCAAGUUGUGCAGAUAGUGAAGAGUCAGUUAAAUGGUGAGCUGGCAGAUCCCUCCAUGUUCCUGCUGCCCCCUGUAGCCAGAUACAGUACAGGGUACCACUUCUCCCUCCCAGCACAGGCAGCCACUGGGAGCUACACCCACUACUUCAUGCUGGUUAUAGAGAACAAGGACAAACAUGGCUUGCUGCUGGAUGGACAGCCCCUGAACACAGUCCGCUCCCUGACUUGGAACACUAUCCCAGGGACAUCACUGGUGGGGACGUACUUUGAGCUCUCUGGGGACCAGUCUCACUUCAUGACCCACUCUGAUCCUAGUGUCACCUUCAUGGGACUCCUGUAUGGUGCUGGGGAUAAGGAGAGCUAUGGUCUACCUAUUGGACUGAGAUUUGCAGAUAAUUUGGAGGGAAUACAAGCUGCACCACCAACAAUAGACGCAGGUAGAGAAUACAUGGUUGCUUUCAUGGAAAAUAGAAUCGAAAAUCCUAAAUAUCAGUACCUGGAGCUUUUCCUCACUGCAGCAGGGGACGCUGUGGCUGAUAUAUCCGUCAGCAUAUCACAAGUUCAUGACAGAAAUCUUGGUAAUAGUUCUGUGGUUUUGAGACCAGGAGAGGUGACACGGGUAAAUAUUUCUGUACAGUUGAGAAUGGAGGGCACCACUCUUUCAAGGCAGGGAAUAGAAGUGAAAGCCUCUGGGAACAUCAUCCUGUAUGGUCUGAACAAGGAUGAGUAUUCCACUGAUGCAUUUUUGGCCUUACCACAGAAUGGCAUCGGCACAGAUUAUUACACUGUCUCUUACUCACCGGCCACCACCAAGACCGAGUUUGUCAUUGUGGGUACCAGAGAUGACACUGUGGUCACAGUGACCCUCCCAAAAAGAAACAAUGUAGCAGUCCAGUGGGCAGGUCAAAUAUAUUCCAGAGGAGAGUCAUUCAAGUUGACAUUGAACAGGUUUGAUACAGUCCAGAUCCAGAGUCCAGACUCUAACUCGGACCUCACUGGCACUCACGUCCAGUCUGAUAGACCAGUGACAGUCUUAAGUGGAAAUGUUAGGACUCAGGUCGGCCAAGGAGUGUCCCGAGACCACCUGGUGGAGCAGAUCCCUCCUGUGUCUUCAUGGGGGAGAAACUUUGCCACGGUGCCUAUACCAAACAGAAGCACGGGGGAUAUUUUUAGAGUUGUUGCGAGCCAGGAUAACACUAUUGUCACCAUAAGGAACACAGAUGGUGACCAAGUCAAGAUUUUAGAUUCAGCAGGAGAAUACACAGAGUUCACCAUAUCAUCUACUGCUUACUCCUAUAUUACGUCUAACCAUCCCAUAUUGCUUGUCCAGAUUGUAAAAAGUCAGGUGUCAUCAUCAACAUCUGAGGUGGCUGACCCAGCUAUGAUGGUGGUCCCGCCUUUUGAGCAUUACAGCAAUAAUUACCACUUCUUAUUGCCUUCUGGUGUGGCUGAUACUUAUGUCCACUAUUUUCUGUUGGUCAUUGAGUCUGACCUGAGAAAUGACCUAAGACUGGAUGGUACAUUCCUGACUGGGUUGCCAUGGCAGAGUAUACCUGGGACAAAUAAAGUAGGCACUUUCUUUGAGGUUACUGGGAGCCAAGCCCAUGUAUUAAAUCAUGUGAACCCCAAUGUAACAUUUAUGGGGAUGCUGUAUGGAGCUGGUGACAGGGAAAGUUAUGGACUGCCAAUAGGCAUGCGAUUAGUUGAAAAUAUGGAUCAAGGAGGUUUUGAGAGCUGGACCAAUAUUUCCAUGCAGUUGAAGACUUUGUCCAACAGUACAGAGCAGCUGAUGCUGGACACACAGGUCUUAGUACAGCAGGCAGAACAACAUGCCCAGACUGUCACUGCAGCUGCACAGGCUAUUCAAAGUGAGUUCUCCCUUGUAGAAUCCAGAGGUGCCAUGGCAGUGGAUGCUAUACAAAAGUAUCAAGAUGUUGCCAGAACUCUGAACUCCUCUCUGUACCUGGCUCAAGAUGCCAACAACACAGUGACUCAGGCCAUGCAGUCCAUGCAGGACAUCACAGUGGUGGACCUCCAGAACCAGGCACAGACCAGCUCACAGGCUAGCUUAGACAUGAAGGCCCAAGUUGAUGCAAGGGUUAUAAAUCUUGCAGGUCUCAACUCCCAGUUGAAUUCUGCCAACUCCAGUCUGCAGUCAGCAGUAGGCAUGUGGUCUGGGUUAGAGACACAGAUAGCCAACCUGGAGGCAAGAGCUGCGCAAGUGAAUGCAGCUUCUACAGAUCCAGGCAUUAUGACCUUGCUGGACUCGGCUAACACUACAGCCACCCAGGCUCAACAGCUGAGUGACCAGGUGCUCCAGGCUGACCAGAGUGACCAGAGCCAAAUCCAAGCUCAAGAGGAUCUCGUAGCUGUCAUACAGACCAGUGUGAACAGCAUAUCAGUGGUCACUGCACAAAUUAAUGCAGAAUUACAAAGCUACAAAAUAAUGUACAGUCAGAUGCAGAGUCGACUGACAGCAAUCAACCAAUUUCACAGUGAAACUAAUGCCACAAGAUACCGACUAUCAGCAAAGAUGGCGAGCAUAGAGGCCAAGCUUGCCCGUGCCAAGCAGCUAGCAUCUAGCCUUGAGCGCCCUGUGAGCUUCCCAGGCAGUGCACACAUCACAGUGCAAAACCCAUCCCAAGAGAGCAGAAUUUUCAAUGAGCUGUCCCUGGAGUUCAGGGCAAGCCAGGAGAAUGCUACAGGGGUGAUCUUCUAUGCUGAUGGCACAGCUGAUAACUCCUGGCUGGCUCUGUAUGUGAACCAUGGUACAUUGGUUUUUGAAUUCAACCUGGGAAGUGGCAUAGUAAGAAUGGAGAGCUUAGCUACUAUAUGCAGUGGCUGCUGGCUCAAAGUUUUAGCCAACAGGUACACCAGUACUGGUCACUUGACAGUGACCAGAAUGUCCACAGGGGGCUCUACUACAUCAUAUGGAGAAAACAAUGUGGGGAACUCCCUCCAACUGGGGGCAGACUUGGCCCUUGCAGGGGUGCCAUCCAAUGCUAAGGCUUCUGGUCUACCUACAACAAAGUUCCCAGGAUGCAUAACAAACUUGCAUGUAGACAACAUCAGGGUAGACUUGUGGUCAAAGCAGAUAGAGAACAGCCUUGGAUGUUGCACCAGACCAGUCACUCCUGCUCCUGAGGCACUUCUUCCAGGGGUCAGCUUUGAUGGUUUUGGCCACUUACAUGUGAACCCAGGACGAUUCAGUGCCUUUGGGCAGUCUAGAGUUUCACUGGAAUUCAGAACAUUCAGUUAUAAUGGAGUGUUGAUGUUGGCGGAGAAAGCUGGUAGCAGUGUAUAUUAUGGGAUGUAUUUGCAAGAUGGACGCCUGAUAUUCGAAUAUGGUACUCCUGGCAACACUCAGGCACUCCGUAGCAGUGUAACUUACAAUGAUGGCGACUGGUAUAAGGUGGACAUAACAAGAAAUGCUACUUAUGCAAGUUUGAACCUUCAGAGGGUCAGUGACAGUGGCAAUAGUAUUUUGGAGAUAAAGUCUGUGCGAACUCCAGCCAUCACAUUGUCAGAACUGCAGAAUGGAACACUGUAUUUUGGUGGUGUUCCACAAUCUUCUUCAAG